AGCAGUUAAUAUUGAAGCUGCGGUCUCAAUACACUAUACCUUUCGGAUAACGUUAGCUUGUGGCAGCUCUCUCCUUUCAGGCUCUUAGAUUAGAGUCAGUCAAUAUGGCGACCAUGUAAAGUCAACGGUUAGUACGCAGUGCCAACAAAAUGAGGAUCCCCCGUUGGUGCAUGGGGCUCCGGCGAACUUAUUUGGUUUGGCCAAUCUUGCUGAUCCUCCUGGUUGGUGCAGCCUUAACAGCUCUGCUGCCCCCUGCAGAGGACCAAGGGGGCCUUGCUGUCCUUGGAGUGCUACGCAGGGCAACAUCACAAAAAGAGAAACCAGCACAGGGCCAUCAUGGUGACAGCACGGAGGGAGAUCAUAAGUUUACUAUUAUCAUUCAAACGUAUAAUCGCACAGACAUUCUGCUCAAAAUACUUAACCAUUACCAGGCAGUGCCUCAUCUUCAGCAGAUUAUUAUAGUUUGGAACAACGUUGGGGAGCAGACACCCCUAAAAUUAUGGAACUCCUUGGGGCCUCAUCCGGUCCCUGUAGUCUUCAAGGAGCAGACUAGCAAUCGAAUGCGCAACAGACUACAACCAUUCCCUGAGAUUGACACUGAUGCUGUGUUAAUGCUUGAUGAUGACACUCUGGUCAGCGUUCCUGACAUCAGUUUUGCUUUCUCGGUCUGGAAGCAAUUUCCAGACCAGAUUGUUGGAUUUGUGCCUCGAAAACAUGUCUCAACACCAGGAGGAGUGUACAGUUAUGGCAGCUUUGAACUGCAGGAUCCAGAAAUGGCGGGAGGUGACAAAUACUCCAUGGUGUUAAUUGGCGCUGCUUUUUUCCACCACCGCUACCUGCAGCUCUUCCAGGACCAACCUCAGGCAGUGCAUGCACUAGUGGAUGAAACACAGAAUUGUGAUGACAUUGCCAUGAACUUUGCUGUGGCACAGUAUUUGAGGAAACCCUUUCAGUCCAUAGGCAGCAUUAACAAACCCUCUGGGGUCUUCGUCAAACCUGUGGACCUUCGCAACUUGGAAAAGGAAGCCAGCAGUGGGUACCAGGGUAUGUGGCAUCGUCCAGAACACCUUCUCCAGAGGUCCUACUGUCUGAACAGGCUGACACAGAUUUAUGGCUUCAUGCCGCUCUGCUUCUCCAACCUGAUGGUCUCCCAGUUUGGCUUCCCUAGCUAUGCCAACCACAAGACUAGAGGCUGAGGAAGUACCACAUUGCCGAUUGCUUUGGAUUGAAAGAAGACAAACUCAAGUUGCAGUCUGGUAAGUGUGUUUGGUUAAUAAUACACCACCUGUUUGAGCUGAGGAUUAGGUUAGAUUAGUGCUAAUAUUCUUAUGUGAUCUGGAAACCCUAAUUUACCAAAUUUUCAUUGUUGGGGUAUUAUGCUCAUAGUUUGAACCUUGGAUGGGGGUUUCGAUAAGAAUAUUUUAGCUUGUCUUAAUGUUUUUCAAAAGUACUUUGGCUUUUUUGGGCAAUUUUACCAUGGCAUUGGCAGAAACAAUGCUGGACCUUUCCCUUUGACCAGAGCAAGGAUUGUUAAGGAAUUUUCUACAUAUGGCCUUGUCUGCCAACAUGCCCACAUUUAAAUAAAUGUGUCUUCCUUUCCCUUAGAAUGUAAUCUCCUAGUAGAUUGUUGUGCAGUUACUUAAUUGUCAGCAGGUGUCUGUCUGAGAUCUGCUUUGCCAGUUUGCCUUGUUUGUAACUGUGCUUUACAGAAACGAUUCCUUUGGUUUCACUACAUUUACCAUUUUUAAGGAAUGUGUUCUCAUUCUGCUGAGCUUGUGUACACUACCUACAAAUUUAGAAUAAAUGUUAGAAGAUACAGGUGUUCUUAAGUAAUGUUUUGCCAAAAACAACCUCCACACCAAAGUGUGAGUCUGUGAAAAAAAUCGAAGUACUAUGUACAUUUCAACCUAAUCAGUAUGUACACAACUAUACAUGCAUUGACAAUCUUUUUUUUAAUGUGUGUACAUUUUCAAACCUGUAGGACUGUAUCAUGUGAUUCAGUCAAAUAAAGCCAACACUAUUUCUCUGAACAGAA